AUGGCUCCCCGCCGGGAGGCCGAUGAUGACCCAGCUGUUACCUGGUGUGUCUUGUCAGAUGCAGAGGAACAGAAGUGCAUGAACUUUGCAGGAAACAUCACAGGAAAGAGCAAGUUUAGCCGACUUUUGUGUACAAGAGCCUACAAUAGUAUUGACUGCAUGGAGAAAAUUAAGAAUGGCUCAGCUGAUGCAGCAACCAUGGAACCACAUGACAUCUACUCUGCUGGCUGGUGUUAUGGACUGGAGCUUGCUGCUGGAGAAUCUUACAAUUCAGUAGAUGGUAUCAACUAUUAUGUAGUUGCUCUUGCAAGGAAAUCAUCCAGUGAUCUUUCUUUGCUGGAGAUGCAUGAAAAAAGCUCCUGUCAUCCUGGUAUCCAAACCACUGUUGGAUGGACAGUUCCUGUUGGUUUCCUAGUCAACACAUCACAAAUAAGUAUAGAUGAACACUGUAACUUCCCAAAAGUGGUUGGCGACUUUUUUGGCUUCAGCUGUGUCCCAGGAGUGAAAGACCCAGAAUUUGAUCCAAAAGGAAACAAUCCUAAGAAUUUAUGUGAAGCAUGCAUUGGAGAUGACAAUGAUAAGAACAUCUGUGCCAACAAUCCUGCUGAGAGACAUUUUGGGGAGGCAGGAGCACUCAGGUGUGUUGCUGAAAACCUUGGAGAUGUGGCAUUUGUCAAACACUCAACAGUCAGUGAUAACAUUAAUGGGAAGAAUCAAGAAUCAUGGGCAAAAGAUCUUGAACUUGAAGAUUUAAAGCUGCUUUGUCCAGAUGGUACUGAGGCAGGCCUAAAUGACUACAAGAAAUGCAGCCUAGCAGCUGUCCCGGCUAAUGCUGUAGUGGUUCGACCUGAGGAUAAGUGCAGAGUGUAUAAUUUUCUCAACAGAACACAGAGAAUGUUUUCAAAUACCACAGAAGGGUUCUCCCUUUUUGCUUCUUCUCCAUAUGAAGGGAAAGACAUCAUGUUCUCUGACAACACACAGAAACUUCUGAAAAUUAUGGGAAACUAUCAGUCAUGGCUAGGACCAUCCUAUCUGACAGUUAAUCGAGCAUUUGACUGUGAAGGUUUGUGCUAACAGCCUCAAGAAACAGCGAUUUUCCAUGAAAUCCAAUAAUUAUUCAGAAAAGACCUGUCCAUUGAAAUGUAUUUGUUGUAUUAAUAU